AUGGACACUCCAAGCAACUCCUCAGACAUAUUUGCGGUGGAAGAUGUUUCUGCUGAUGAAAAUUCAAGCGAUGAUUCCUUGUUUAUGGGAAUCACGGUGCUAUCAUCAGAAGAUGCUAAAACAUUUUUCCAACAGUUCGAAAAGGAACCUGAAUGUAACAUCAAAACCAAAUCUCAAUCCAACUUUGAGCACCUAGAUCUUGUAGCGUGCUUUGAUGCUCACAGUCAGCCUAACCAUAAGCACAACAAAGCAUAUACUUGCUUUUGCUGUGGUGCAGAAAAUGCAAAAUCAAGUUCCACUAAUGUGACAAAGACAGACAGUGAUGCUGAUCUUUUUUGCCCAGAGUGUUGGGAACAGGCACCACUUUUUGAGCUAGACGAGGAGCCAUAUGAGGCCAAUCUUCCGGGCUCUGCUGCUAAACCCAAAAAAUUGGGUCAAAAUUAUAGUCUGCCAUGUCUUAAGUUGGAAGUCAAUGAGCCAAAUUUGGCUUCAACAAAGGAAUGCAUUGUGUAUGAAGGACUGAAAGGACAAAAAAGUGAUUGUCUGGUAAAAUCAAAAUCGGAAGAAAAUUGUAGUCCACCAUCCCUUAAAACAGAAGUCAAGGUGUCAACUGUUGCAUCAAAUGAUGAAUGCAUUGCGUAUGAAGGACUGGCAGGACAAAAGAGUGCCUUUUUGGUACAAUCAGAACAGGGACAGAAUUGUAGUCCGCCAUCUGUUGAACUAAAAGACAAGAAGUCAAAUGUUGCUCUACCGGAGACAUGCAUUGCAGAAGAAGGACUGGCAGGACAAAAAAGAGACUGUAUGGUAAAAUCAGAACUGGUAGAAAACCGUAGUCAACCAUCUCUUAAACUAGAAAUCAAGGAGCCAACUGUUGCUUCAACCAAACAGUGCAUUGCAGGACAAGGGCAAAAAAGUGACAGUAUGAUACAAUCAGAACUGAGACAAAAUUGUAGUCCGCCAUCUAUUAAACUGCAAGUCGAGAUGCCAAAAGUUUCUUCUCCAGAAGAAUGCAUUGCAGAUGAAGGACUGAGAAGCCCAAAGAGAAACAGUAUGGCAAAAUCAGAAAUGGGACAAAAUCGUAGUUCACCAUCUCUUGAACUGAAAGUCAAGGAGUCAGAUUUUGUUUUACCAAAGACAUGCAUUGCAGAUGAAGGACAGAUAGUUAAAAAAAGUGGCUGUAUGGGAGAAUCAGAACUAGGACAAAAUCGUAGCCCACAAUGUCUUAAACUAGAAGUCAAGGAGCCAACUGUUGCUUCAGCAGAGGACUGCAUUGCAGAUAAAGGACUGACAGGACCAAAAAGUGACAGUAUGGUAAAAUCCGUGACUAAGACAGUGUCUGAAAUUCAGGGGUCAGCUGAGAGGGAGAUAACCAAGAUUCAACCGAAUAAGCAGAAAAAUGAAAAAACAAAGAAAAUUAGAGUACCCAAGUCCCAAUCUCUCAAGCAAUGCAGAAAACCAUUUCCAAAGAAAACGGCGUUUUCCAAGCAUAAGCUAAAAUCUGGUAACAUUAGUACUUGUUCUGAUGAUUCUGUGCUUUUCGCUCCAGAUAUUGUGGUUAAAAUGAACUGGCCACAAAAGAAAAAACUACCUGGUGUAUCUGCAAACAAACGCCGUAGUGGCGAGAGUCAGAACUGCAGUAAGGUGAAAAAAUUCAAAGAACACAGACAAGAAAGACAAGAUAAUCCUGACAGAACCUCAACGAUCCAUAGAGAAAACCUACAGAAAGUGACAGAGAAAGUGUCUGAUCAAUCAAAUGACACACCAUCCCAGGAGUCAGAAAAUAAACCGGAGCUGCAUGGUAUUCUGUCAGUGAAUAAAAUAAAAAGAACCGAGCCAAAGAAAGUGAGAUUUGACUUAUAUGGGUCCAAAACAGAAAAACAGUACUAUGCCCCAGAACGGCGUUUUUCAGCUCCUGCUACAUUAACGGUCUCUGAUUGCAAAGACAAUACCGAUAUGCUUUCUGCUAAACAAAAAGUUCUCAACCAGUGGAGUAGCACCUUUAUACCUAAAACAAAGAAGACUUGUCAUCCCAGGUCACCACAGGAAAAAAAACCACAGAAACCUCAGGACCUCUUAAAGUCAAAUAUGAGUGCAUUAAAAAGCCAUUUGACUCACAGAGCCAAGCUAUUAUCUAGUAGUGACAGAGAGAGUCACUUUAGAAAACAAAUUUUUCAUCAAAAGCUUAGCAAAACACUAAGCAGCUAACCUGUGUCAAAGUUGCUUAAUUGUUGCUUUUAUUGUUUACUUAAAUAUGUUUACACAUAAUAGCUG